UUAAUAUGUGUGUUCACGCCCAGAUUCCAGUGCCCUCACCCAUCACUUCAACCAUAUAAUUGACCAUUUUCACACACAAACCAACUGAAAACAGCCACCGCCACCACCGCCAUGGGAGUAGCCAACAACAUAACAGCAAUUCUAAACUUCAUAGCCUUUUUAAGCUCCAUCCCCAUCAUAGCUUCCGGCAUCUGGUUAGCCUCCAAGCCCGACAACGAGUGCAUCGAUCUUUUCCGCUGGCCAGUGGUCAUCCUCGGAUUCCUCAUCCUCCUCGUCUCUCUCUGUGGCUUCGUCGGAGCCUACUGGUACAAGGAGACUCUUUUGGCCUUCUAUCUCUGCUGCAUGGCCAUCCUCAUAGGCCUCCUCCUCAUUCUCCUCGUUUUUGCGUUCAUUGUAACGAGACCUGACGGCAGCUACGCCGUCCCCGGCAGAGGCUACAGGGACUACAGGCUUGAUGGGUUCUCCCCAUGGCUGAGGGAUCACGUUGUCGACUCCAAAGAUUGGAACAAAAUUCGAGCUUGUCUCAGUGAAACUGAUAUCUGUUCUAAACUUAACCAAGAAUAUGUCACCUCCGAUCAGUUCUUCAAGGCCAAUAUCUCUCCUCUUCAGUCAGGAUGUUGUAAGCCUCCAACAGUUUGUGGUUUCAGCUAUGUGAACCCAACACUGUGGCUGAACCCAGUUAAUCCAAUGGCUGAUACAGACUGCUAUCUGUGGAACAAUGACCAAGCCCAGCUCUGCUACAAUUGCAAUUCCUGCAAAGCUGGUCUGUUGGGCAACCUGAGACAAGAAUGGAGGAAAGCCAACAUAAUUCUGAUUGUGGCAGUUGUAGUGCUGAUAUGGGUCUAUCUGAUUGCCUGCAGUGCCUUCAGAAAUGCCCAAACUGAAGACCUCUUCCGCAAAUACAAACAGGGCCGUGGUUAACCUUUUUUUUUUUUUUUUUUUUAUAUAAAUAAACCACGCGUGAUAUGUUAUCUUGUGAUUAGAUAUUAUUUUUAUAAUUACUUAACUAUAUAAUGACUUAUGUACCUAUUUAUGUAUUAAAAGGUGAAUACGUAUAAUUUUAUUAUAAAUCAGUUCUCCAAUCA